UCACCGCCUUUCAGAUCUUUAAAAGCUGGUGCUUUGCUGUGUCUCUCGAUAUCCAUUUGUCUCCUCUGGCGCUGCAGGGGACUCCUUGCUGCCUCUCAGCUCACCCGGCAAAGCAACAAGAAGACGACAGGAAGACUGAAGAGAGGAGACGGAAAGGGAGAAAGAGAGAGAGAAACAUACAUCCAGAAAUAGCAUCAGACACAUCUAACUGACAGGGAGAGAGUGACGAGAACCUGAGACCUGGACAGAAAAUGCCUCUCAUUUCCAACUUGACAACCAUUGUUCUGUUGCUGAUCGGCCACUGCGGAUCUUGGACCUGGGCGAACCACUUGGGGCCCUUCAAGAUGUGCCCCUCCUGCCGGGAUCCAAUGGGGGCAGGUCGGCCCCCCAGAGACCACAAUGCUGCAGGGAGCACCUUAGUGUUGGCCCAGGGUGAGCCCUGUGGUGUGUACACACUCAGCUGUGCCAAGGGGCUUCGCUGUGUCCCCCCGCCCAGCGAGCACAGCCCCCUCCAGGCUCUGUUGCAGGGAAGGGGCUUCUGCGCCAAGCACAGCAGGACCAGUCCAACGGAGAGGCCCCACCCCACAGGUCCCCAUCCUUCGAACAGUGGGGAUAUAGAAAAAGCGCCCUGCCGUAAACUAUUAAACAGCGUCCUGAGAGGUCUGGAGCUGACCAUCUUCCAGUCUGACCGGGACAUCUAUAUACCCAACUGUGACACCCGUGGGUUCUACAGGAAAAAGCAGUGCCGUUCCUCCAAGGGCAUGCAGCGCGGCCACUGCUGGUGUGUGGAUGAGCUGGGCAUCGCUGUGGCCUCACAUGCCAGUGAGGACGGAACUUUACCCUGCGAUGGAGAGUAAGGGCAGCGACUCUAUCUCCUUGAACUGAGCCUGGAGGAAGACGAGGAGGAGGAGGAGGAUGAAUAGGAGGCUGAGGAGGAAGAGCACAGGGAGAGGGGGGGGCGGGGGCGGCUAUGGCUUGUGCUAGACACUGCCUGGCCAGGAGUUAACCACUUCCUACGGAAAUCUACACCACCAUUAACUUCAACAUCCUCUCUAGAUACGAGACACGCGUAAAGUAAAGUAGCAACGGUCAUAUCUGCCUGAAUGUUUUAAACGUUGCAGCAAAUUUCUCUGUUUAUCGUUUGACGUGACGUGUUGUAUGCUCACACUAACUCUCUAAAAAAGACUGCCUCAAUUCCCUAAGCGCUGUUACUGUUACUCCAGAUAGUCUCCUAGUCCCUAGCUCUUGUCCUGGCUGUGUAGUCACUUUUCAUUUAACUAGUUAUUUUUUUAGGAUAGCUGACACUGCCUGUGUUUGUUCUGAUCUCAGUGGGCUGGAAUACUGUUACGCUGGUGAUGUGACACAAUGUUUCAUAAACGUGUCUCCCUCACCCUCUCCAAAGAUACACUGAUAUCAAUAUACUUCAUUGAAUAGAUUUUUCUUUAUUAUUUAUUUUGUGAGGAAUGCAUAACGCCCCCCCACCACCCAAAAUAAAACCUCAACAAAAAAAUAACUGCUUGGAAUCCCCCAUCUUGUAGUAUCGUUAAUGUAUAGCAUACGAUCACAGUAGUGAUACGGUUGAGUCUUGGAUGCAUCGGAUUGUUUUGUCAAAAUCGCUUUAUGAUUGCUCAUUUGUUGAUUGAUUGAUUGUACAUAUGUUGGAGUGUUGUGGUUGACUGUGUAUAUUCCUGAGUGGCAGACAAAAAAGCUUAUGGCUUUUAUCCUUUUCAAGAAGUUGUAAGGCAUAUUUUUAUACACGUCAAUAUAAUAUUUUAUAUAUGAAUUUUUGGUUUAUUUAAUGAACUACAGUACAAUGCCAUGUAUUUUUAUAUUGUCAGCAGUUUCUUAUUUAAAGACAGAGAUUAUUUUAUUUCAUGUUAGGAAGAGAUAUCGUGCUUCAGAGGCACCGCUAUGGCUAAACACAUUCACUACUCAACUGCUGUACAUUUUAUGGUUUCAGCUCACUUUGUUUUCCUAUUUAUGCUUUGUUUUUUUACAUUGGGAUUGUCCAUAUUACUUUUCUAUGUUUUUUUAAGUUGAAACAGCAUACACAUUUUGAUUUAAAUGAGGGAAAAAAAUAUUCUAUUUGUUAUUGUCUUAGUAUGUCCUUCCCAAGUCCUCGCGAAAAGCCAUUCAAUUGCGUGAUGGAAAAGUGUGACUCGAAUCGACUUCUGACCAAUCUUCUUGUGCCAAUAUGUGUGCUGUGGUGGUAUAGGUCUAUGUAUGAAGGACCUGUAAGAUGCAAAUAUUAAAAUGAAAAUAAACUGGUGAUAAAAAAAACAAGAAUAAAACACAUAUAUUAAUAUAACAGCCAUGGUUUUGUUCAU